CCCCCCCGCCGCCCCUCUCGGUGACGAAGCGGACGGCCGCCCGGACCUUGCCCUCGAGCAUGAGCUUGUUGAAGAUGCGAUAGACCGACGCGUCGUCCAGCUGAGGCUGAGUGGUGGGGAACUGCUGGUCCAGUCGCUCCGCCUCGCACACGAGCUCCUCCACCUGCCCCUUCUGCCACAUCUCCAGCCGCCUCCAGAGCAUCCGCUUGACAUCGCGCUUCCUCUUGACAUCCGGAUCUCGCUGGAUGAGUGUGCGGACGAAGACGCCAGCCCGCUCGGACGGUGCCUCGAGCUUGGAGAUCUUCUCCACCUCAUCAGCGAUGGCAUCGGCGAUGGCGCGGCCAAGGUUGCCAAGCUUGCUGAGAUCCUUCACGCACCGCAGUCGAAGCUGGCAGACCCGCUCGUGAUAUGCCUCCCACUCAGGGAAAGUCGGUCCUUCUGAAUAAGAUACUCGGGCACCCUCACCUGUAUGCGAAGAAAGGUCAAUCGACUGUCUGUAUGGGCCGGUUGGCGUCGCUCACACACUCACUCGCUGUUCAACCGCGACGACCGGAAACGCCUUCCUGACACGGUGACACACACGGCAUGAGAGGACCCACUCGUGAAGCGACAUUCAACUCACACGCGCCGCCCGGAGGAGAGAGGCGAUCCCGCCCUUGUGUAUUCGCCGGAUCUCCCGGGUCAGACCACUCCGAUGUGCCGUGCCGAGGGACGGCUGACGAGGCAAUAGCGCCAGGAACGCAGGCCCCUGGCGAGAGGCGGAUGGCGCACUCACAGCAU